AUCGAUCCGGUUUUUUUUUUCACCGAAUCGUAAUUUUUAACACGGAACCGAUUCCGGGUUUUCCAUUGGUUCUAAUCGGCAGAGGCGCGCCUUUUUUUCAAAAUCCCGGAAAGCGUCGAUGCCGACGUACACACACCGGUCACGACCAGGCGAGAGGCCCGAGGCAUACCACAGCAGACGCGAUAAACCCACACCAUGAACAACAACGCCGUAGCAGCGGCAGGCCGGCCAUCUAGAGCGAAAUCGUUGCCUCUGAGACUGCAGGAUGCUGGUGAAAGUGGUGCUGCUGCUGGGCAUGGGGUCGCCCAGGCCGCGCCUGCUGGCGCGGCACAGCGGGCACCGAGCGGCAUGGCCCGCCAGGCCGUUCACAGUAGGGUUACCCCCCAUACUGGUACACAACAGGGGUUCCACCUGGCGCGGUGAUGAUGCCGGGCUUCUCGGACGACGCUGAUCGGCAAGCUCGUCAGGCGGCCUUAGUAAAGGUUCUCAACGACAAGCGAUUUGGCGACGCCCCACAAAAAAAUUGGACCGAGUCGGAGAGCGGCGACGACGACGACGAGGGGGGGGACAGCCCGACGUCAAGUGGCAGCAGCAAUGCGUCGGUAGAGGACAGUUCAGCUCCGUCGGACAUUGGCUCACAGUCGGGAGAUGUCGUGUUCGAAAAGGAAAUUCGGGAAGCAAUGACCGGGGGAGGGGGAGCGGGCACGAGGACCACAAACCACGGCAAGCGAAAGGCGAGCGCCGGCGGCAGCGUCGUAGGGAAGAACAAAGCAGCAGCAUCCCACCACGCGAGUGCCAAAGAAGCCCGGGGCAAGGACUACCCGCACUGGGCCACACACGUUCUGAAGCGGACAUGCGCGCACCUUAAGAUCCCGAGGAUGUCGCAGAAGAGCAAGGAGGAAGUAAGUGUGGCGGACCUUUACGACGUCAUGGAGAAGGAAGACAAACCGGAACUGGAGGAUUCUGCCGGCGGAAGUUCGUCGACGGGUGGUGCAGCCGGACCGGACGGGGGUGGUUCCGCCGGAGGGAGUGGCAGCAUCACGGAGCGCAAGGGCCCACACUGCAUGAUGCGGCUCGUUGGGAUCCUGUGCGAAGACUCCAUCCGCCCACUUGUCAUCAACAGCCGCUUGCAGGCGACCCGGCAGGAGCUGGACACCUCAGCAGUUGGGCCGCGGAAACAUUUGUGGACAGAGGUCACCGACCGCUUCCGAGACCCUCGCCACCAUGUGAGAAAAAUCGUGGACGGCGAACAAGUGAGUCACGUCAACCCGAACAUCAUCCAGCAACCAAACAUCUCGGCGGAAAAGAUCACCAAGAUGUGGUCUACGCCAAAGGCGAAAUGGAACACGCCUAAUGCCAACUGGUAGAGUGAAUCCGGCAACAACCAGCCAUGGCUUUCAUUUUGCCAAGGGGACACGGACACGUACAUUCUCGGUUGCGCAAUCGAGAAAUACCCCGAGCUUGACCAAGUGUGCAACAAUCUCCUCCCGGAGGACGCUCAGCGAGAGGACGACGGAACCGGAGAGGGCGAUGACUGUACAGGCGGUGCCAAGCGCCGGGCGGCCGCCAAGCGGGAGGGCGCGAGGCUCUACGAGCAGAACAGGCGGGGGACGAAGCAGAAAAGAAGGGGGGAAGGCAGAGCGUGGCAAAGGCUACGUCCGUUGCCAUGAAAACCGCACUACUAGAUAUUGAGCCGCUCCUGCCACGUGGCGGAUCGGAGAAAUCUGAGUGGCGACUGAAACAAGAGGAAGAGGAAAGCAAGUCUGCUGCCCUCGAUACCAAGGCUGCUGAAUAAGCUCUGCAGAAAGCAAUGUGCGCCGACCACCAGAAAUAUUCGGAGCAGAUUGUGGAAGAGAAGGAAAAAAAGCGGCCGGGUUACCAGACGAGAGUAAAAUUCAUGGAACAAAUGGUAGCAAAGCUCGAGAAGGAGAUGUUUGGAGGCCAAUAACACCCACAUGCACUGCUGGACUUGCUUCCGUGCAAUCGUCGAAGUGGAAGCGUGUGGGCGUGUGCUCCCGUUAUGCAUGAGUCACCAUUGUUUUUCGUAGCGUUAAGCACCGAGGACACGUGCGACUAUGCAAAGACGUGUGAGUUUGGUUGGCAAACAACAAUUGAGAGGAUGCCUUGAGGCAACAAAGGAGUAUGAAGGAUAACAUGUGAUUGAAGAACGCCGAGACCGUUGUGGUCCACGGCCAAACUGCUGUGCCGGCAGUAAACGAACCCGAGGGUGUUACUGUUUUUCCACUCUCACGGCAAGGCUUGCUUCUUGCGAGGGCCGUGGCUAUUUUUU